GGGAAGUUUGGUGUUGGAGAUUUCUCGACGGCUCCAGUAGCAGAUUAAUAAACACAAUUGAUCAUUGAGUUCCGUUACCUACAAGAUUUCAUUUUACUCAGAGUUAACGUAUUGUGAAGAAGGGAAAUGCUAAAUAUAUGGCUGAGGGAGAACUAUACAAGUUAUGUAGGUUGAUGAUCCUCUGAACAUGGUAAUGUGACUUUCAAGCUAGCAUAGCGCGUUCAUCAAUAACAAUUUGAUAUAACGUUAGCUAGCUAGCUAGCUUGUGUGUUAGCCAGCUGGCUUGAUAUCCCAUCUUCGCGCUAACUCACGUAAUAGUUACUAACUAACUAAUCAUAUGUUGAUAUACUACAAACUAACAAGACGUUAUACAAUUGUCGACAUGGUUUAAUUUGGCUAACCAGUCUUGCUAAACAGUUGACAACGCAUCAAUUUCUUGCUCGAAACCAUUAACGUUAGCUCGCUUGCUAGUUUCAUUAUCAAGUAGCUAGCUAGCGACUAGGCAUUGUUCCUGUGUAGCUGUGAUUUCUUAGCCCAUAAAAAAACUACGUCGGUUUAGCCAAAGAGAACCUCGGAAGAAUCUUCGCGAGCGUCAUUUGCUGGAAAUUGAGCCAAUAGAAACUUUCACGAGCCUUAACAAAUAAGAAAUGUAUUGCAGUGAAUGCUGGUUAACUCAACCAGUGGCUAUCUUGGGGGACGUAGCAAACUAACUUCAUACAUGUCGAUGAUAUUUUUCAGACCCAUCAAUCAGCAUUGGAGUAGCUACCUACGUAGAACGUUGCUUUGCAUCACCAUGUAGCUUCACAUUCUGGUGGCCUGGAACGUUGCAGGCGUAUCUGAAGACAUCUCGAGCCAGCUAAACGAAAGGACACCAGGAUGAGCAAACAAGAGAAGAUGGAAUUGGACCUCGUAAUCCCAUCAAUACUAGUUCAGAGCGACAGACACCUGAGACGAUCCAACAGCGCCCCAAUGAUAAAUGGCCUAAGGUAUUUAGAAAAUGUAUUUCAGCUCACUUGUAUCACUUUAAAUGUCAACUUGGUCACUGCUCCUCACAGUAUUGCUGACUUGAUAUGUUGAUCUAUUUAUAAGCUGCAUGGCUGUUGCAUGUAUGACUACUUAAUGUGUUGUGAAAUGUAACGUUUUUUUUUAUUGUAGUGCCUUCAUUUUCCUGGACCUUGGCAGCAGCUAAUGGGGGUUCUAUAAUAAUUACAAAUACCUUCUCUGAUGUGAGGAGUGUGGACAAUUCAGUAAUUCAACAGAAAAGCAGCAGAGUUAACAAGGCCACCAGUCUCAAGAUUAGGCUGUUGGUAGUAUAAUGCUGACAUUCUGAGCAUAGUAGUCUAUGACUGUGUUCCAAAUGGCAUCCUAUUCCCUAUAUAGUGCACAACUUUUGACCAGAGCCCUAUGGCACCCUAUUCCCUACAUAGUGUGCUACUUUAGGACCUGGUAAAAAUAAAUGCACUAUAUGUAACCUUUAUUUAACUAGUUAAGAACAAAUUCUUAUUUACAAUGACUGCCAAACCCUCCCCUAACCCGGAUGACGCUUUGCCAAUUGUGCGCCGCCCUAUGGGACUCCCGAUCACGGCCGUCAUUGUAUAUAGGGAUUAGGGUGCCAUUGGAGACACCAAAGUGGUGGUGUUAAUCUUUCUGUCCUUUUCUAGUGACAAUUCCCAGGUUUUCCAGAGAGAGAUUCUACGCAGCAGGAGAAACAGCACCACCGUUGUUAACCGCCCUAAUAUGGUAUGGAAAUUGGGAGUAUUAUCAAAAUAAUAUGCAUGAUACUCUUACUAAGUAAUAUCUUAUAGACUGGUGGGAUUCAUUUAAUUGAGGUUGCUCACCUUAAUACACAUGCAGGUCCCUUCAUCACCCAUUCGCGUCCCCAGCACAAGGCUUCAUCAGAUCAAACGGGUAAGUGCGACUGCAGUGGACACACUCGUCAUGGGACCAAGCUAUUAUUUUAGCUGCUUUGCAUUUCAGGCCUUCAUCCAUAGGGAGUGUCGGUAACUGACAAACAUGCUAGAUCCAUAUGCUGCCUCCCAAAUGGCACCCUAUUUCCGAUAUAGUGCACAGAGCUCAUGGUCUCCCAGAGCAGACCUAUUGGUAGUACUCUCCUACAACUCUUUCACUCUUGACUAGACUUGACUGUCAGCCUGUUUGAUCCAUAGGCGAGAUACUGUAAUAUCACUCACCAACCGAAUGUCUAUGCUUCUUGUUUGUGGUACUACAGGAGGAGGGUGUGGAUGUGAUGAACAGAGAGACAGCCCAUGAACGGUAAGAGACUCACAUGGAUUGGCAUUUAUUUAUUAACUGCUCACUCGUCGUGUGAUAGUAUACUAUGUCAAUAACCGCGGUUGAGUAUCAUUGGCUCAACCCUUUCAGGAAAAAAGCAUGUUCAUAGAUGUCUGUGUUAUCAUCACAGGGAGGUUCAAGCAGCCAUGCAGAUGAGUCAGUCCUGGGAGGAGAGUCUGAGUCUGGUGAGAAAUUAUGAUGCUCCCAUGGUAACAAUGAAUCUGACUAUUUCCUCUCCCAAAAAUAUUAGGCCUACACACUCCACUAUUUUGGAGGCUCUCACUACUUCAGCAUUCAUGUAAUUGGGCAGUGCUUUAGUAUGUUAGAUGACUAAGCCAUCAUCCCAAGUGGCACCCUAUUCCCUACAAAGUGCACUGCUUUUGACCAAAGCCUUAUGGACUCUGGUCAAAACUAAAGUAGUGCACUAAAGAAAGAAUGGGGUGCUAUUUGGGGUAGAGACUUUCAGUUUUUGUAUUUUGUAUGAUGGUCUACCUCCACAUUGCAUAUUGUGUCUCUUUUGUAGGGAGUGUGGCCCAAUAAGAACAUGCUAGAGUAACUGCCAUAGAGUUAGCAGGGCCACCAGUUUUAAGAACAGAAUCAGGGGGACAGAUCUAUUGUGGUGAGGGGACAGUUAAUGUGUGUCCCUUACAUUGUGCAAUAUUUAUGCUCCAAAUGCAGACUCCCCUGAGUUCUUUCAUGCAAACACUACUGGGAUGUGGUGAUGCCCCUAUUAUACUGGGCGGUGACUUUAAUCAGAUUUCAGACAAAGACCUUGACAGAACCAGCCCUUGCUCCAAAUCUGCGCCAAAUGUGCAACGACUUAGGGCUGAAGGAUAUGUGGAGAACUUUUUAUUUUUUUCUGUUGCCAGUCAUGGCACUUAUACCAGAAUUGAUCAUUAUUAUAAUUAUUUUAUUUUUUUACUUUGCGAAGGAUCUUAAGACAUUGGACCCAAGCUUUGCUCACUGUAGAGAUGGGACCACACUAAGUAAGAUUAUUCGAGGCAAGUAUGAGCUGAGUAAGUUAUAUACACUGAGUGUACAAAACAUUAGGAACAUCGUCCUAAUAUUGAGUUGCACCCCCUUUUGCCCUCAGAACAGCCUCAAUUCGUCGGGGCAUGGACUGUACAAUGUGUUGAAACCGUUCCACAGGGAUGCUGGCCCAUGUUGACUCUAAUGCUUCCCACAGUUGUCAAAUUGGCUGGAUGUACUUUGGGUGGUGGACCAUUCUUGUUACACACAGGAAACUGAUGAGCGUGAAAAACCCAACAGCGUUGCAGUUCAAAGGCACUUAAAUCUUUUGUCUUGCCCAUUCACCCUCUAAAUGGCACACAUACACAAUCCAUGUCUUAAUUGUCUCAAGGCUUAAAAAUCCUUCUUUAACCUGUCUCCUCCAUCUACACUGAUUGAAGUGGAUUUAACAGGUGACAUCAAUAAAGGAUCAUAGCUUUCACCUUAGACAACCUUAUACCAGGGAUUUUCAAACUGCAGGCUGUGGCCCCAAAGUACUGCAGGGGGUCCGCUAUUUAAGCGGGGGGGUUUAUACAGAAUACCAUUGUGGAUACCGUUGUUAUGUCUCUGUGUCCCGGAUGAAGGAAGUUGGAGGUAGUUUCACAAGCCAAUGCUAACUAGCAUUAGCACAAUGACUUGAAGUUUAGCUCAGUUGGUAGAGCAUGGCGCUUGCAACGCCAGGGUUGUGGGUUCGAUUCCGACGGGGGGCCCGUAUGAAAAAAAAAUAUGUAUGCACUCACUAACUGUAAGUCACUCUGGAUAAGAGCAUCUGCUAAAUGACUAAAAUGUAAUGUACAUUUUUACAGGAACACUUAGCAUAAAUGGCUUCAUUGCCAAAAUCUCAAUCUAUCCCUUUAAUAUGGAGGAAAUUAGUAAUUGCAGCUAAUUACAGGGUUGUUUUCUGUAUAGAAAAUUCUUAGGUGAGCCAUCUAAGUGGUAAUUUUCGGGAUUGAAAAACAGUUAGUGUCAACUUAAAUGACCAAAACCAGAUGGAAGUCAUGCAGAAAGAUAUUGAACUAUAUACAUUUUUAAAUAAUACCAUCUUUGAGAACUAAUAAUCAAAUAAAUAAAAGCUACAGUCAGAGAAUCAAACAUUUUAAUAAAACGGGGCACAUGCCCAUUAGAUUUUUGUUAUGUUUGAGCAGAGGAGCACCACAUUAGCCAAGCCAAACUGUAGAAUUGCUGAACAUUUGCUUUACAACAGCAACAUUUUCUCUACGUCACCAAGAUACCUUUUUAGCUAACAGACUGUUAGAAUUCACACUUCCUCUUUCCAAUGAACUGUGGGGAGGUCAAAACAAUGAAACGGUCUACCAAAUCUAUUCAUUAAAACAUGUUGAUCACUUCUAUUUAAUUUUUUUCUAACAUAUGAUGGGGGUCGCCGGUUUUCCUAUGCGGGGGUCCCUGGGCAAGGAACGUUUGAAAACCCCUAGAUUACAGGAGCAUCCAACAAUUUCCUCGUCCCGGGAGGCUCUGAUAAAGUAUUUCUACUGUACAAAAAUAUAAACGCAACAGUGCUAACAGAUACCCAUAGACACAGAUACCCAGUCAUUGCAUUAACGGUAGUUGGCAUUGGCUGGUGAAACUACCUCUUAACUUCCUUCAUACGGGACACAGACAUAAAAAUGGUAUCCACAAGUUCAUCUGACUCUUGGGAAGUAGAUAAAGGAUUGCCAAAAUCCUAAAGUAUCCCUUAAGGGCACUAUGACCUGGUAUGGGGUCCAUUCCUGCAGUGGUCAGCAGGUGUUCUUAAAUACCCCAAUAUUUCUAUAUCAUUAAUUAUAUUCUCCCAUCAAUGUGUAAUCAAAAAUAUACCAGAUUAUGAACUGAUUAAUCAAAUUGUCUCCCUUAAUUGUGUAUACAUUGGUCAAUGUACGUGAUUUUAUUUGUUGCUAUGCACCUACAUCAUUCAGUAGGCCUAUUGCCUGUUUUUAGGCUAUAGGCCUGCCUACCUCUGGAGGGGACAGGGUGGGUGGGAAUAGAGAUAGGAAAGUCUGGUUUAUGUUAGGCUGUAUAUGUCUGUAUGUAUCUUAUUUUGUCUUGCCUAAAUAAAUGAACUAUAUUCAAAUAAAAUAACAAUCAUUCGGUAGUAUAUUACUCCAACAACCACCUCACUGGUAGGAUUUGUAUGCUCACCACCACCUUAUAGUAGAAUGAAUGGUGGUACAAUACAAUUAGGUUAAUGCUGAUUACAGUUUUGCAUGUGCUAAUCCCCACAGAGUGACAAUGACUUUGAGAAAUCUGCAUCGUCGUCCCCAAAGCGCAUCGACUUUGUGCCUGUAUCCCCAGCCCCAUCCCCUACAAGAGGGAUAGGGAAGAAGGUAUGUGCAUUGUGCAUCCACUGCAAUUUGUACGGAUGCCUAGCGGGUAGGACCAUAAAUGUAUCUCUGGCAGAGAGUCCUGGCUCAUAAUUAUAUAUUCCCUUCCUCUCCAAUGAGCAGCAGUGCUUCUCCCCUUCAUUGCAAAUUCUGGUGAGCAGCAACGGCCUGUCUCCCAGCCCUAUACCUAGCCCAACGCGACGCUUCAGGUGA